GACUAUUUUAAAUUAAUUUAUAACACCUCCUUAUCUAAUAUACUAAGAAGUCUGGCCCUUAAAAGCGCAGGCUAUGGUACGCUUGUUAAAUGUGAAAGAGCGUCUGGCGAUCUUACCUUACCGGCGGAAAUCGAGUCUCUAUCUGCUUACAUUAGGUGGAUAUCUGCUCAAAUUAUGGCCGUUCUAAUACCUAAUGAACUUGGAAUUGUUACUAGACAAGAGGUUAUGGAAUUAAGCAGCGAUACCCUCUUUAGUUACUUUAAUAAACCUGCUAGAGACGUUCACGUUUACGUUCGUUAUCUAGAAACUAGCCAAAUCGAGCGCAAGAGUCUCUUAAAGCAAGUCUGUCCGAUUAGAGGCAUUUCUGUUAGUGCUGCGUUAUCUAUCUGGCAUGAGCUAGACUUGGGCGAUUAUGCCUAG